AAUGACAUGACAUCGGAAAAUUUGGAAAUCCAUUGUUGAUUUGAUUGUUGUGUAUUUCUUUAUUUUUCAUAAAAAUACAAAAUACGUUAUCAACUUUCGUUGUAUUACAAUAAAGUAAAUCAUAGUUUUAUGACUUCUUUCCUUUAGAUUUUACUAAUUUUAGAAAAUGCAGUCUGAAGAGAAACGUUCCAAACAAAUGGUUGAUUUAGCUUCUUUGGAGCCAGCAGCUAGGGUUAAACAGCUGGCUAAUUACGGCACAAUGGUUGAAGUAGAUUUUAAUGUUCCUCCUAGAAGGUAUUAUCGAUCGGGGUUGGAAAUGGUGAGGAUGGCUAAUGUCUACCUAGCUGAAGGAAGCCUUGAGAAUGCUUACAUAUUAUAUAUGAAAUUCAUGACACUAUUCCUGGAGAAGAUCAGGAAGCAUCCAGAAUAUGCUACAGUGCCAGCACAAGUCAAAGCUGUAAACCAAACAAAGUUGAAAGAAGUAAUGCCUAAGGCUGAGAAACUAAAACAAAUUUUAUUGGAGCACUAUGCGAAGGAGCAUACUGCUUUCAAAGAAGCAGAGGUAAAAAGGCGUAAAGCUGAAGAAGAGAGGAAAAAGCAAGAACUUGAAGAUGCAAAGUUAGCCCAGCGUCUGCAAGCAGAUGAGCACAAAAGAGAAGGGUUUCACUCCACUCCUCAUCUAUCCCAUACAGAGGAUUGGGCUGUAGCCCCUUCUGCACCAUGUGUUGAUGAUGUUCUUUAUCCUGAUGACUUUGCGUCCACACCUCCACGAGCACCAGAUCACCAUUAUCAGCCAACACCACCCCUCAUACCACCCUCGAGACCACAUCAAGACAGCAGCGGUUUCCCGGCGUCUUUGCCGCCGCUGUCGGCGUCGCGGCGCGUGCGCACUGUCGUGGUGCCAGCGGCGCUGCUGGCUCGCUUCCUGCAGCUGGCCGCGGCAAAUACCGCGCGAAACGUGGAGACGUGCGGCAUACUCGCCGGCGUGCUGGAGCGGGACCAACUGAAGAUCACCCACGUGGUGGUGCCCAAGCAGACUGGAACUGCUGAUUCUUGCAGCACCAACAAUGAAGAAGAGAUAUUCCAUUACCAGGACCAGUACAACCUUAUCACUCUAGGUUGGAUACAUACACAUCCGACGCAGACCGCAUUCCUAUCUUCAGUGGACCUUCACACGCAAUGUUCCUAUCAACUCAUGAUGCCUGAAGCUAUCGCCAUCGUGUGCGCACCUAAAUACAACGAGACUGGCUACUUCGCUUUGACGGCAGAUGGCAUGGAGUUUAUCACAAACUGUAGACAGACCGGCUUCCAUCCACAUCCCAACGAUCCACCGUUGUUUUAUGACGUGAAACACAUCAAAUUAGAUAACGCCGCGCCCGUCGAGAUGGUCGACUUAAGAAGAUGAAUCUCUGGAGCCUGGUAACUAUGGCGUCUACUGACGGCAUUUUUAUGCACAGAUUUAAAUCUACACACACAUCUUGUUAGGGAGAGUUUUCAAUAUGCUUAUUUUUAUGGUAUCUUUCCCAACGGUAUAUUUUUGAUUUUUAAACAUAGUCGGUUUUACUACUAGAAAGUUAGACACUGUUUUAUAACGUGUUUAGGCAAUUUUGUAUGUUUUUUUUUUCUUUAACUCGUGUUGAACGCAUGUCUAACUUUUUUGUGGUAAUAAGAAUAAUUUAGAAACAAUAAUAAUAAAUAUUAUUAUGUAGUGCCUCUACCUUUCUCUGUCAAUGAGGCUAAAAUAUGUUACAAGCUUUAAUUAAUGCCGGAACUAACCUAUUAAACUUAUCAUAACUGUAAUCUAAAAGUGAGUUGGUAGUUAUAUUGUUACAAGCUUGAGAAGACACAGUCAAAUUAAUCGUUGUAGAUACUUUCUGACACAUGUGUGAAUUAAACAUUUUUGCACAUUCAUCUUUCCUUUGCACUUGGCUGUGUUCUACCAAAUAAAUUAAAAGAAUAGAAUAGAAAAAUAUUAAAGUAGGUAUUAAAUAAAAAAAAGAACAAAUUAAAACUUAAAUCCUACUAUACCAAAAUGGUUUUCGCUUAACAUAAUAACGCAACAAUCUGGUGUUGGUGUUCAAUGAAAUGAGACUCCCCGAUUGAAUUAGAUUGAUUUUUUAUUUAAGCUGUGUUAAUUAAAUGUCGAAAAAAAUACCUUAUAUUUAACUGAUGUUUCAACUUUAAUUUAGAUUCUUACACAUUAGAAUUCUAGUACAUAUUUUGCAUUAAUUGUUAUUGUAAAAUAGAAAACAUUUUAUUGGGUUAUAAACCUUACUGUUAUCUUUCUUAGGAUGAUUAUUUCAUUUAAAUGAUCGUUUUUCUAAAUUGAUUACAAUCACUUGUGUCUUGUCUAAGUUAUUUGUUAAUCUAUUUUCAUCAAACGUGUUAGUGGGUGAAGAAGUUUAUUUAUAUAUACCUAUUUGUUAUACUUACGAGAAAUUUGUUUAUACUUAGUUGACUAGAAGAAAAAUGUUUUGUUUAUAACAUUCAUGCAUUUAUUAUAAAGGAAAAGAUAUAAAUGGCACUCAAAAUACAAAAAAAAAUGUGUAAAAAAUCGUUAGCAAUAUUCCUAUUCCCUUUCGAGGCGGAUAUCAACAUGUUUUGUUUAAAUCACAUCUGCAAUUGCAUCACAAGCAACCGAACAACUAAGUUAUCUUUCAAAUAGCUAUUUAUUUACGUUCAUUGAACAUUAUUGUUGAACUUGUUUGUUUUGUUAUCUUGUCUAUUUCAGAGACUAUUAUUUGACUAUUUUUACAUUGAUUUACGGCAGUUAAAAGAUAAAAUAGAUAUAAACUACAAAUAUUAUAAGUAACGGUGUCCGCAUACAACACAUUUUUUAUUGUAAUAAAGGGGGGGACUAUUUUUACGUGUGACGUGCCUGAUUAGUUAAUAUGAAAUUCGUACAUAUUUCAUUAUUUCAUCGGAUAAAUAAUAGGAAACUUUAAUGAAUUAGCUGACACAUGCCAACCAGCACCCAUUUAGCCACCAUUUUUAUAAUAACUUGAUAGUGGAUAUUACUACGCUUAUUCUUCACGCAUAAUACAUAUUAUAUGAAUUUUAUCUCUUAUAUGUAUAAAGUAUGUAGUGGUUCAUAUUGUUAAAGAUGGUGUUACAAUUUUAUUUAAAAAAAUAUUUCGUAAUACGGAGCAGAAGAAAUUAUUUUCUUACACUAAUAUUGGUUCAGCUUAUAUUAUUUUUUAUUUAAUAUAACUAACUGUUGAUUGUGAUAAUUUAGGCAUUAGGCACAGCUGAAGACUGAAGCUUACACUUUUAGUAUUAAAGUUAAUAUUUAACAUAUAACUAUCUGUAUGAUAAUCAUAAAUAGAUGUGACUUCUUGUAUAAUACAAUAAACAUUUACUUCAGACUUACAAUCCAUAUAGAGGUGUUAGUAACAGGCGUAUUCUUAUUCUAGUGUAGUGUUACUUAAUGAAAAACAUAAUAUAAUAAAAAGUAAUCGAAAUAUUCUUUUAUGGCUACAUGAUAUAAUGUAUCAUCACGAUAUACUUACUGGCAAGUCUCGCAAACUCAUCAUAUAAAGCACCUCGCGCUACUUAUUGGCGGUCGUAUAGUACGACCACGACCAAGACCAGUGGCCGCAACGACCAGAUAAACUAACGUUAGCCGUUGCGGCCAAGUGAGAGAGAGGGAAAAUUUUUAUUAACCAAUGUGGUCAAUAAGCAAUCUACAUCACAAAAAAAUAACAUUUUGAAAAUUAUAGGUAAUGAAAAAUAGUUAUUUAUUAUACAAGAGUGGAAAGUUCCUUUUUAACCGCGUGCUCGAUUUGGAUGACCGAGCAAGCGAAGGAAACAAACGAGCACAAGGUGAAAAAUCUUUCCACUCGAGUGCAAUACGUAACUUUUCAUCCCACCUCAGCGAGGAAAUGACAAAAUGAAAAAGAAAACAAUUUAUAAUGACAAAAUAUUUAAGCAAUAAAACGUGAAAAACUAGAAUGGCGCGAAGCACGCAAAUAAAACAAAGAAACCAAGAAGGUUCCAAAUUUAAAUUUUUUCACAAUUUAAAAAGUUCUAAUCAUAAAUUUGGCACCAUAGAGGUUACAUUAAAUAGGUUUAAUGACGUUUUGAAUUUACAAUUAUAUUGAGUACUCAUUAUAUGUGAUGUUCUAAAUUCAAAUCUACUUUGCCGCUCAAGCGAAUAAAAUAGAAUUUUCCAGCCAGAUUUCGAAGCGCAAAAUUACACUUUCCGAGGUGGUGGGAUGAAAAAUAUAUUAUAUUACAUUGUCAUUUGUGGUCAAUCAGAACCCUGCCUCAGCAUAAUGCUGCCGCAACACGUCACAAAACGUGUCACAACAGUGCUGGUAUUCUGGCAGGGCCUGUAACUGCUGGUUCUUCA